ACGCCAUCUUGGAAGACAAAAGUAGCUUACUCUAGUUAUAUUAACUCUGGUGGUAACCAGUUGGGCGACAACACCGGAAAAGAAGUACGGAAAUAAACACGUAUCAGAUGGAUUACAACCGGAUAGAAGCCUACUAAAAAUGUAUUUGUCGGAAUCAUUUUGGUUUGUCGGAGCCGUGUCAUUAUCAUUAUUUUGUUGUGUUUCAUGGAAACACUCCAUAAUCGGUAAAGUAGAAUUACUAUUUCUAAAUGAUCCUGUCUUGGGAGGGCUCUGCCCUGCAAUCUGUGCGAGGUACCCUGAUACUAGUUGGGCGUUGUUUUUUGCUGUUGGGACUGUCCUGCUUGGUGGUCUCUUAUUUAUAUCCAUGCCUGAGAUCCGCAAUCUCGUCUGAAACCCCGUUAUCUCAAUAUCAUGAAGAUGAUGAAGCCAAACGGAGGCAAAAACUGGUUAGGGAGGAGCAGCAGAAUAACCUGAGGGAUAAGGCCCAUUUUUAUCAAGAGUCGGUAAUGAGGCCUCGAAUGGAAUCUUCAUCCAGGAAGCGAGAGGACCGCUUUUACCGCAUGACAGGAGAGACCUGGAAACGGACAGAGGGAGAACGCCUUGGGGAAGGAGAAUCACCUGAACUUAGUGCCCAGGUGGAUAUGAAUACAACACCCAAUGAAGAAGCAGUUAAGAAGAGGAAACUACCAGAAAGCGCCACCAGAGACCAUUCCAAACGUGGACUUCCCCUUGAGAAGAAGGUGGUUGUGUUGCCAGAGGAACCAGAAGAUGAUGCUGAAGAGGUUGUGAGGGUGGCUUUGAGAUGUCCAAGUGGAAGAACUGUUCACAGGAGAUUCCUGAAAUCACACAGUUCCUCGAUUCUUUUGGUCUGGUUGCAGAAGAUUGGAUAUCACCCAACAAUCUACACAUUAUGCACUUCCUAUCCAAGACAACCACUGAUCACAGGAACGAAUGUUAGCAUGGAAGAUGCAGGCAUAUUAACUCACACAGUACUUAAUGUUGAAGAAAAGUAUCCUCCCACAAACUGAAGAGCUAAGUUUGUGAUUGUCUUCAUACUGUAUGUGCCAAACUAUUAAUAAGACAACCAAAAGCAACCUGUUGCAAAAUUGUUGACACCUACUUCGUCCAGAUAUAAAAGCAAUUUUAUGUAAUAUCUGACAAUGUACUUUAGAAGUCUAACAAUAAAUACAUUACCCUGUGUCACUGGUUUAGUGUAGUUUACGAUUAAAAGUACUUUAGUUCAAAUACAUAAGAGGAAAUCGCUCAGUAACAAAUAUACAGAGAAUGUCAGGCAACAGUAAACACAAAAAGAUAAGGGGAGGAUCAAACAGUAAAGUAUGAGGUUUCUAGACCUGAAAUUAUACAAUCCCAGAAUGGAAGCUUAAGCAUCUAUUCCCAGAUACCGUUUGGUGAGAAAAGCAUGUGCAAUUGUAUAAAUUAAUACCAUAAUUCACAUGCCCGGCAUUGCCAAAGUAUAUAUAGUUUAUCCAGACUGGGGAAAGCGACUUGUCAAAUUUUUUGCAUCAUGUACAGUCAAUAAAUAGAUCCUUUUUUUUACCAUCAA